GUGCAGCACACUGGGGCGCAGGAGGCUGCGGAGCCGAGCGCAGCGGGCCCCUGGACCGCCACAGCCCUGCCCGCCAUGAGUUCUAGAACCGAACCCCGAGUACCCCGGACACCUUUCAGCAUCGCUGACAUCCUAGGCCCGCGCAUGGUCCCCCGGACACCACUGGCGUCGCAGCUCCCAGAGUCGGGUCCUGGUCCCACAUCGCCGCUGUGCGCGCUGGAGGAGCUGACGAGUAAAACUUUCCGCGGACUCGACGGAAGCGUCCCGCAACCUUCUGAAGGCCGCCCCGCUCCGGGCGCGCUGAGCCCGGGCCCAGUGGGCCGCAAACGGCGCAAGUCACGCACGGCGUUCACGGCGCAGCAGGUGCUGGAGCUGGAGCGGCGCUUCGUCUUCCAGAAGUACCUGGCGCCGUCCGAGCGCGACGGGCUGGCUGCGCGACUGGGCCUGGCAAACGCGCAGGUCGUCACGUGGUUCCAGAACCGGCGCGCCAAGCUCAAGCGCGACCUGGAGGAGAUGCGCGCCGACGUGGCCUCCCUGCGCGCGCUGUCCCCGGGAAUCGUGCACCUCUUCACGCUGCGGGACGGUGCCCCAAGCCCCGGCCCGGCCCCUCCUGACCCCGGACCACACCUGUCUGAUGAGGAGGUACAGGUGGACAAUUGAAGGCAAAGCUGCCGCGAGCCCUAGGCUCUGGGACCCCGGACUCCUCUUCGCUGCGCUCCGCGUCAUGUCUGCGCUCUGGGGUGAGGGGAAGGGGGUCGCCCUCGGCCUCCUCCGGCCUCAGUCCAGGCGCUGGCCUUCACCAGUUGUUGAGAAUAAAGCCGAGACUCUGCCGCACGUUGCCUCGGUCCCGGCGCCCGAAGCCAGUAAAAGCAAAACCUGGUGAUUAUUGUGGGAAAGUCCGCGUUUGACACGAUGCCAAACACUUUAAACGCGAUGAUUUGCUUAACCCUCGUGAACAAAACCAAACCCGUUGUUGGGGAGUCGAUUCCGACUCAUUGGUGGCCCUGUAGAACAGAGCAGAACUAAGGCUGUAAAUCUUUAGGGGAGCAGACUGCCACAUCUUCCUCACCGCCCAGCGGCUGCUGGGUUGAAACCACCGGGAGGCUAGAAGCCAAGCUCUUAACCACUGCCCCUCCAGGGCUCCUUCUUAACCCUCAUAGCAACCCUAUAAGGAAGGUGAUAUAAUUAUGCCCAUUUUGCAAAGGAACAACUCUGAGGUCAGGAUUUGAACCCAGGCGUCCAGCCCAGCCAGCCUUCAGAGACGGUGCUUGUCAGCUCUCUACUUAGGAGAUGGAGACGUACUGUCGAGGGAAGGAAGGUGGAACUCUGGUUGUUCCUGCGGGCGACCUCUCCACUUUGGUCACAAAACUCCACCGGGCCUUUGAUCCGCCUCCGCUUGGGAUACCUCCUGCAUAACCUCAGGGCCUGUCCUGGAGCGGCGCCUCACGCCUCUUUUCUCCUUGCCCCACCUUUGUCUAUUUAUUAACGGGAGUCCGGACCCUUCUCCCCGCUCCGCCGAAAGGACCCUACGCUGAGACACAAGCAGAAUGAUAGGCACACCCCUCCUUCAGGUACCUCCUGGACCUCCGCGCCUGGGUCACAAAUGUUCCCACCAUUAUGGUGGAGACAGCGGGAGAGUGGAAAGGCCCGACCUGUUUAGGCGGAGCUUGGAGUAGCAACCUUGCUGGUGGAGACACCAGCCUAGCUCCACAGGCAGACACUUCUGAGAUUCAUUUAUUCCACUGGUGAUUAAUCACCCUCCUACCAUGUGAUUGGGGCCCUGGUGGCGCAGUGGUUAAGAGAUCAGGCUGCUAACCAAAAGGCUGGUAGUUUGAAUCCUCCACCCGCUCCUUGGUAACCCUAUGAGGCUAUUCUACUCUGUUCUAUCCAGUUGGUAUAGAGAUGCUAUGAGUUGGAAUCCACACCAGGGUCAACUUUUUUUUUUUUUUUUUUACAGUGUUAAUGAGGAGGGAAGAGAACACUAGGUAGCUACAGGAUGCUGUCUUCCCUCAUUCCUGGCUGUCCUGUGAGCCUUCAGGAGACAGUGCUGAGGCUGGGUCUGCUUCCCACUUUCCCUUUCAGUCCAGUCUGCCCUCCUCAAACCUUGCCUGCCUCUGCUCACUUCUCUCUUUUAUAUCCCAAAGGAAAUUGGCUCAAGACACAAUCCAGUCUUGUAGAUGGAGUCCUGCCUCAUUAGCAUAACUGCCCCCAACCCCACCUCAUUAACAUCAUAGAGGUAGGAUUUACAGCAUUCAUGAAAGUCAUAUCAGAUGACAAAAUGGUGGACAAUCAUGCAAUACUGGGAAUCAUGGCCUGGCCAAAUUAAUACACAUUUUUGGGAAGGGACACAAUUCAAUCCAUAACACCCAUCUCUCUCUGCUUGCUCGCCUGCUUAUUUAAUCUCUUUUACAUCUUAAAGAGAUUGACUCAAGACAUACCCUACACUAAUCCUGCCUCAUUAACAUAACAGAGACAGCUCGUUCCCAAAAGGGUUUAUAACCAAAGGCAUAAAGGUUAGGAUUUAUAACACAUAUUUUGGGGGGACACAAUCCAUGACAAUGUCCUUCUCCAGGGACUGGUCCCUCCUGAUAACAUGUCCAAAGUACGUGAGAUGAAGUCUCACCAUCGUUGCUUCUAAGGAGCAUUCUGGCUGUACUUCUUCUAAAACAGAUUAGUUCCUUCUUCUGGCAGUCCGUGGUAUAUUCAAAAUUCUUCACCAACACCGUAAUUCAAAGGCGUCAAUUCUUCUUAGGUCUUCGUUAUUCAUUGUUCAGUUUUCUCGUGCAUAUGAGGCGAUUGAAAAUACCACCGUUUGUGUCAGGUGCACCUUAGUCCUCAAGGUGAAAUCUUUGUUUUUAAGACUUGAAAGAGGUCUUUAGCAGAAGAUUUGUCCAAUGCAAUGUGUCUUUUGAUUUCUUGACUGCUGGUUGCAUGGGCAUUGAUUGUGGAUUCAAGUAAAAUGAAAUCCUUAAAUCUUUUCCCCGUUUUUCCUGACUUUGCUUAUUGGUCCAGUUGUGAGGAUUUUUGUUUUCUUUAUGUUAAUGUAAUCCAAACUGUCUUUUGAUUUUCAUCAGUAAGUGCUUCAAGUCCUCUUUGCUUUCAGCAAGCAAUGUUGUGUCAUCUGCGUAUCUCAGGUUGUUAAUGAGUCUUUCUCCAAUUCUGAUGCCACAUGCUUCUUCAUGUAGUCCAGCUUCUUGGAUUAUUUGUUCACCAUACGGCUUGAACAAGUAUGGUAAAAGGAUAUAACCACCACUUUUUUUUUUUUUUUGUCUGUCAGUUUGUCAUACUGUGGUGGCUUUCGUGUUGCUGUGAUGCUGGAAGCUAUGCCACUGGUAUUACAAAUACCAGCAGAGUUAUCCAUGGUGGACUGGUUUCAGCGCAGCUUCCAGAGUAAGACUGGGAAGAAGGGCCUGGCUAUCUACUUCUGAAAAAAUUGGCCGGUGAAAACCUUAUGGCUAGCAGACCUCUCAUGGAGUUACACAACUAUCUCUCCUCUGCCCUAACUCCCAAUCAGGUAUAAGCAAAGAAUUCCUAAAGUAUGUACUUCUAGUUAGAAAGAUAGAGUUCAGUCAAGUUCAUUGGCUUCGAGCCAUAACCCCCACCCACUUGAGGUUUCCAGAAUUCUAACCCAGCACUACCUUUUUUUAAAAAACAUUUUAUUGUUUUCAGUGAAAGUUUACACAGCAAAUUAGGUUCCUGUUUGACAAUUUCUACACAAGUUGUUCAGUGACAUUAGUUAAUUUUUCACAGUGUGUUAGCAUUCUCAUUAGUUGUGUUCUGUUUGUUCUAUUUCCAGUACUCUAAUUUCCCUGCUCCCUUGUCUUCUCGUCUUUGCUUUAGAGUAGUUGUUGUUGGCCUUUUGGCCUCAUAGAUGAUUUUUUAAUGGAGCCCUGUACUAAUGAGUAAUAUCCUUUGUGUUCCAAUCCAUUAUUUCACUGAAACGUGACCUCAGGUGAUAGUUUCAGUUCAAGGUUUAAACAGUAUCUUAGGGUGAUAGUCUCAGGGAGUCUUCUAGUCUCAACUGGUCCAGUAAGUCUGGACUUCUUAAGAAUUUGAGUUCUGUGUUUUUCUCCCGUUCUAUCCAGGUCCAUCUAUUGUGACCCUGAUCAGAACGGUCGGUAGUGGUAGCUGGGCACCAUCUAGUUCUUCCGGUAUCAGGGCAGCACUGCUGCCUCUUGUAAUGAAUCCUUGGAUAAACAAAACUUAAACCUAUUCAACCAAAACGGCCUCUGAUUGGGUGUCUUCUGUUAGAUCCUAGAGUAGUAGUUCUCAAAUGUUAGGGUGCAUCAGAAUCACCUGGAGGGCUCAUUAAAACACAGUUUGCUGGGCUCCACUUUCUGAUUUAGAGGGUCUGGCGUGGGGUCUGAGAAUUUGUAACAGGUUCCUGGGUUAUGCUGAUGCUGUUGAUCCAGGGACCCCACUUUGAGAACCACAGUCUAGGACCUCUGUAUUUUGUGAAUUUAAGCAGCAAUUCACUCAUAUCCCUGUCUUCCCACUGUGGGAAUAAUGAAUACGGAUGAUAGUUGCACAUAAAAAUAAGUUUAUUUAGCACCCGCUAUGUACCAGAUACUUGGUAGGGGCUAUCUCACAUUUUCAAUCCUCACAACAGCCCUGUGAGGUAGGGAUUGCCCCCCAUUUUACAGGCGAGGGAAAAGAAGCUCACAUGUUAAAAGACCUGCCCAAGGUGACCCAGGUAGUAAAUGGCAGACUCCAAAGCUGGUGUUUAUCCUGCCACACAGUAUUUAAAAGGCCUGCACCAUAAAACAAUAAAUAAAGGAGGUAUUUCACCACCUCUUAUACCUUUUUUAUCUCCAGAUGUGAAUAGUGUUGAGCAAGACCCACAGGGCAGCAAGAAUCAUUUAUCCUAGCGAAUGGCCUUUUCGGGAAAGGCAUUCUGGCAGGGCUUAAAAGUCCCUGCAGAGCCACAUGUAAACAAGCUAGAAGUCCCAGGCUGGGUAAGGAAGAAACCAGCCAAGGGCAGCUGCCAGGAUCUCAGAGGAGAAACCAAAAGAAGACCAGGAUUCUUACACAGGACAUGGAGAAUUAUACCCUUCUCUGGGGCAGUGGUCCUUGGUAGAAAACCCAGAAGUAACUUCACAUGGGGGAGGUCUACAGGGCAGUCACAAUGCCCAGUGCAUUUCCCCAAUGGAGGAGGGGAGUGGCAGAGGUAGCAGCAGCCCAGGCACCUGUGGAGACCCCUUUCUGUGGGGCGAGCCAGCAGUGGGGAAUGUCAUCUAUGGGCUCUG